GUGCUGAGGCAGCAGGCAAAACGGCGGUUGACUAACGGCAUUUGCAAAAGCAAACAGAAAAAGAAAACAUUUACAACAAUGGCCUUCCUUUUCGAGCCAUUCCAAUCCAAUAAUCAAUAUCUGCGUGAAUUUCUGUCGCAUCUUUAUCUCAACUGCUUGGUUCGGUAUCAGAAUGAGACCGGUUUGGCAGCAAAUGAUACGGAUGAGGAAGCCAACGUCAUUGGCGCACCAGGUUACCUCGAAGACGCCAUACUCAGCGAGGGCACCAUCGACUUGGCGAAUGUGGACGAAGCGAAAGUGGAGCAAAAGGAGCUAUUCGCCUACAUCUCCAGGCAUAAUUUAAAGCCAACAGCAAGCAAUGUAAACGAGACGCAUAGCAGUAAUUCCACUACACAUUUCACCUCAACAUCUUCUUCGGCCACCCACACACCUUCUUCCACUUCCAGCGCACAGCUCCGCUUUUGCCCUCUGAGUUUCGAUGGCUAUCUCUGUUGGCCGCGUACACCCGCCGGCACUGUGCUCAGUCAAUAUUGUCCAGAUUUUGUGGAAGGUUUCAAUCGAAAAUUCCUGGCGCACAAAACCUGCUUGGAGAACGGCACCUGGUACCAUCAUCCAGUCAGCGGCCGUGAGUGGUCCAAUUAUACCAACUGUAUUGAUUAUGACGACUUGGAGUUCCGCAGAUUUGUAAACGAGCUGUACGUGAAAGGAUAUGCGGUCUCCUUAAUCUCCUUAAUGCUCUCACUUAUCAUCUUUCUUGGCUUUAAAUCCUUACGUUGCACCCGCAUACGCAUACACGUGCAUUUGUUUGCCUCCCUGGCAUUCACUUGCAUCGCCUGGAUACUCUGGUAUAAAUUGGUGGUCGAGCAACCGGACUUAAUAGGAAAUAAUCCGCCCUGGUGUAUUCUGCUACAUUUGGUCGUACACUAUUUUAUGCUGGUGAAUUACUUCUGGAUGUUUUGUGAGGGACUCCAUUUGCAUCUGGUACUUGUAGUGGUUUUCGUUAAGGACACCAUAGUGAUGCGUUGGUUCAAACUGUUUGCCUGGAUGUCACCACUACUCUUUCUGUUGGCCUAUGGUUUGGCACGAUUUUUUCACACUGACGAUAAUUUACACUGUUGGAUGGACGACAGUUUCCUGCUCUGGAUCUUAUCUGUGCCCAUCUGCGCAUCGCUAUUGGCAAGUUUCGUUUUCCUCGUCAACGUUUUACGGGUUAUUGUGCGUAAAUUACAUCCACAGUCAGCACAGCCAGCACCGUUGGCCAUAAGGAAAGCCGUGCGGGCUACCAUAAUACUGAUCCCACUUUUUGGCCUGCAGCACUCUCUGCUACCCUAUCGGCCAGAUAGCGGCACUCCAUUGGAACGUUUCUAUCAAAUACUUUCCGUGAUCUUAGUGAGCCUACAAGGAUUUGUCGUUUCGUUUCUCUUCUGCUUUGCCAAUCAUGAUGUCACAUUCGCCAUACGCAGCCUAUUGAAUCGUUUAAUGCCAGGAUUGGUAUCCCCACCACCACCGGGAACGCAUACUGGACAAAUGGCUACGACAACGCCAAGUCGUGAGUUGGGAGUGUAAGUUUCACCAGGUGAUAUGGCAGUGCCAGGAGAAGAAAAGUGGAAGAAAGCAAAGGAAAGAAUAAAUGAAGAGAAGGCUGAAAAGGAAGUUACAAGGAUGCUUCAAGAGCAAACAGGUGGAAGAAAGCAAAUGAAAGUGUGGAAGAAUAAAGUAUGAAAAGAAGGAGGGAAAGUUGAGAAUGCACUGAGAAUAGUGCUUAACAACCGGCUGCUGUAGAAGUAGAAGCAGGAGAAGACAGAGCAGCAUUCAGCUCUGUCAAGUAGAAGGCGGAAAGUAUGUGGAAGGCACACAUACAUGUACACUUGUGCUUACAUAAUUAAGACACUUUAUCUUUUUGAAUUAUUUGUAAUACAAAAAUGUGUUUCAUUGUGCAAUAAAAACAUUGUAUACGAAAAAAAAUUCUGAAAAAUCGGCGUAAUUUUUGAGCGACUACAAAUUCAAACUUCAUUAUACUAAAAUUAAAUGGGCUGUAAAACUGCAUACCCAGAAGUUCUCUAGAGAUUCUGAAUAAAAGUUGAAGACCUUGUGAUAUUUUCUCAAUUUUUG